GGCAUCGCCCUGUCUCCCGCUCUCUCUCUCUCUCUAUCUCUGGGGGGGUCGCAGUGAGAAAGUAAGAGGUCACGGGGGAGCUAUCGCCAUCGCCGUCGCCGUCGCCGUCGCCGAAGCUCCUCCCAAAACCCUAACCCGAGAUAAAGGAGAUAAAAAGGAGGAGGAAGCGAGAGAGAUCUAAGGCCGAGGGCGAGGCGGAGGACGGAGGGGAAAGGGGGGGAAAGAGAGAGAGGAGAGGGUGAGGGGCGUCACGAGGUCGGAGCUCACGGGCCGUCUCUGUCGGCCACCCACCCUCGGCUUUCUGAUCCACCGGCCCGAUCUGAUCGAGCGGCCGGCGCGGCGCCACGAUUUUGAGCUAUCGGGGGGGCGGGGCAGGUCCGCUGGGGGGUAUUUGAGCGCCGGGGAGCGGGGGUUGGUGAUGUGAGAGCCGGGAAAGGAUUGGGGGAUCAUGGAUCGCGCGGCGCUGACGGUCGGGCCGGCGAUGGAUCUGCCGAUAAUGCACGACAGCGACCGGUACGAGCUAGUGAGGGACAUCGGGUCCGGGAACUUCGGGAUCGCAAGGCUGAUGAGGGAUAAGAAGACCCGGGAGCUGGUGGCGGUGAAAUACAUCGAGCGGGGCGAGAAGAUAGAUGAAAAUGUUCAGCGAGAGAUAAUUAACCACAGGUCUUUGAGGCACCCUAAUAUUAUUAGGUUCAAAGAGGUUAUUCUAACUCCAACCCAUUUGGCCAUUGUUAUGGAAUAUGCUUCUGGUGGUGAGCUUUUUGAGCGCAUUUGCAAUGCUGGCCGCUUCAGUGAGGAUGAGGCUCGUUUUUUCUUCCAGCAGCUUAUAUCUGGAGUUAGCUAUUGCCACUCUAUGCAAGUAUGUCACCGCGAUUUAAAAUUGGAGAACACCUUGUUGGAUGGAAGCGUGGCUCCUCGUCUGAAGAUAUGUGAUUUUGGGUAUUCCAAGUCAUCUGUUCUGCAUUCACAACCAAAAUCAACUGUUGGAACUCCUGCAUACAUUGCCCCUGAAGUGCUACUCAAGAAGGAAUAUGAUGGCAAGAUUGCUGAUGUGUGGUCUUGUGGAGUGACUUUAUAUGUGAUGUUAGUGGGAGCAUAUCCUUUUGAGGAUCCAGAAGAGCCCAAAAACUUCCGAAAGACAAUACAGCGUAUCUUAGGAGUUCAGUAUUCAAUUCCAGACUAUGUCCACAUAUCUCCUGAGUGCCGGCAACUGAUCUCAAGGAUUUUUGUUGCCAAUCCUGCUAUGAGGAUAACAAUCCCUGAGAUACAAAACCAUGAGUGGUUCUUGAAGAACCUUCCUGCUGAUCUGAUGGAUAACACCAUGAGCAAACAAUAUGAGGAGCCUGACCAACCCAUGCAGAGCAUUGAUGAGAUAAUGCAGAUUAUAAUGGAGGCAACCGUCCCUGCAGCAGGCACCCGUGGGCUGAACCAAUAUUUGACUGGCAGCCUAGACCUUGAUGAUGACAUGGAGGAUCUUGACUCUGAUCCGGAGCUUGAUGUGGACAGCAGCGGGGAGAUAGUCUAUGCAAUGUGAGUGUGUGGUUGGCCUGGUUGAUGGGCUGCUAUCUUCAGCAUAAGAUGAAUCCUGAUAUGGCUGUUUGGCAGACUAGAGAGUCAAUUCCACUUCUAUCCUUCCUCAGACUUAAGGGGGCAUGUAUUUAACUAGAGUACACAACCUUGAUGCUGUAUGCGUGUCAUGUCUGCAGGUUUGGAGAAUGUCCUCUCUCUGCUGGCUCUGUUUAUUUAUUCCCCUGCUUGUUGUUGUUAUAAUUAACAGUUGGUACUUAUCAUGCUUGCCUUGCAGUUUCUUGUGGUAAACAAAGUAUGUAAUCACCUAUUGCUGGGUUUUAUGCUGCUUUAAACCUCAUCUCUCUGCAAUCGUACUUUUAAAGAAAAUUGUAACUUACGGUAGUUGCAUUAUGUAAAAA